AUGUUUGCAACUCGUAAAAAUCGUUUUCUAGAAGCAAAACACAAAAAUCAAAUAAUUGCAAGCAAUCCUGGCAACCAAAAUAAAUUGAAUUGCAUGCUAAGCAGCAAUUUUACUUUUCGCAAGAGUUAUGAAAUUGUUGGACGAAUACUUUGGUUAAGGUGUUCAAUAAAGUUACUUGCAAUAUUAUUUGUGGAAACUAUGCCGCAUUUAAGACUGUAUUUAUGUCUUUUCGCAUUUAUCAUGGGGAUAUUAUUAACCGUAAUUUGUCUGGUUCCAACAUAUUUAUUUAAACAAAUCCCUUUGGAGUUAAUAGGCGUUAAUCCAAUUCGGAUUACAUUGCAUGGGCCCAUGAGAAGGGAUACUGAUCAUUUUAGUCGAUUACAUAGCUAA